AUGGCCUCCCUGCAGAAAUCUGUGAGCUCUUCCCUUAUGGCAUCUCUGGCCGCUAGCUGCCUCCUUCUCAUUGCCCUGUGGGCACAGGGAGGAGCGGCUGUGCCCAUCAGUUCACACUGCAGGCUUGACAAGUCCAACUUCCAGCAGCCCUAUAUCACCAACCGCACCUUCAUGUUGGCUAAGGAGGCCAGUUUGGCAGAUAACAACACAGAUGUUCGUCUCAUUGGAGAGAAACUGUUCCAGGAAGUCAAUAUGGGAGAGCGCUGCUAUCUGAUGAAGCAGGUGCUGAACUUUACCCUUGAAGAAGUGCUGUUCCCCCAAUCUGAUAGAUUCCAGCCCUAUAUGCAGGAGGUGGUUCCCUUCCUGGCCAGGCUCAGCAACAAACUAAGCCAAUGUCAUAUUGGCAGUGAUGACCAGCAUAUCCAGAGAAAUGUGCAAAAUCUGAAGGACACAGUGAAAAAGCUUGGAGAGAACGGAGAGAUCAAAGUAAUUGGAGAACUGGAUUUGCUGUUUAUGGCCCUGAGAAAUGCCUGUAAUUGA